AUGCACAAAUCCUCUACAACGGCCACGGUUGUGCGGACGAUGAUGAGGAAGAAGAGGUGGACAUGGGUGUGGUGUGGCUGGUGUGGCAGCGCUGUGUGCCAUCGGUGUGCUGGCCUCCGCACUGUAUUGUUAGCAGCAGUGCUGAUCACUACCCUACCCCUGCGCAGCACUGGUAGUGAGGGUGGCAGUGAGCGCACAACAUUUGAGCUGGUAGGAGGGCAGGCGGCGCUGGCUGCGUGGACGACGAGUGAAGUGGAGAUGGUUCCAACAGACGCGUCAUUGUGUGAAAUGAGCAGUGGGAACAAUGGCGGUGGUGAGGGCGAAACACGCAUGGUGCCUCGCUACAGCGGCGGCAUUAGAAUUUCGCCACGACCAGUGGUCGUUGUUGCGCCCGAAGCUAAAGCCAGUCCAGAAGCAUGCGGCGUGCCAAGCCCGUUCAAGCUGGAUGCCGGCGUGUGCAUACGGCUUGCUGAAUCACCAUCGCUGGAAUUGCGUUCCAGCCAUACUGCCACCGGCCAUGGCAGCAGCAGCAACAGCAAUACUAGCAACAGCAGCAUCAGUGGUGAAGUGAUGUGUCUGCCAUCGUUCUUGAUCAUUGGCGUGAUGAAGGGAGGAACAGCAGAGGUUCAAAGCUGGCUGGGCCAACACCCUCUGCUGCAUCGUUGGGGAGGUGCGUGGAUCAGUGGAUCUGGCGAGGCGCACUACUUUGACAAGGUGGACAGCGAUGCAAACCUGCAGGCAACCUGGCUUUCCAACUAUCUCCGGCGUGGCCUUGCCCUCAACGCAACGGAAAGCCCAGCCAUCACAUACACCUUCGAAAAGACCCCCAGUUAUGUGUUCAUGCGGGAGGAAGCCAUCGCACGCGUGCGCCGCGUGCUGCCGAGUGCGAAGCUGAUUCUCCUGCUGCGGUCACCAGCAGCACGCGCAUACAGCCACUUCCAACACAACUGCUUCAAGCGACGCGUGUGGAAGGUGAGCAACGCCAGCGCGCACCUGCCGGCACACAUUCGCGGCCGCGUCAUCAGCAUGCCGUCCACACUGCGCGGGAAGAACAAGCGGCGACGUGAAUCUGUUGUUCGCUUCGUCAACAAGGCGUUCCAGGCGCACGCGGAGGUGGGCGAUGUGCAGCUGCUGCACCACCCGUGCAGUGCGCGCGAUUUCGACGUGUUUGUGCGCAUGCAGGCCAACGGUGCUGUGGAUGAAUCGGCAGCCAUCACCAUGACGCCAACCAACAGCAUGGUGCUACGGCGCGGGCUGUACGCGGCUGCCAUUCGACGGUGGCUGCAGCACUUUGAUCGUUCCCAACUCCUCAUCCUCUUGACAGAGGCCAUGCAAGCCGACAUGCUCGCCACCAUCGACACCAUCCUGUGUGACUUUCUUGGCAUCCCGCGUGCCGAUUACGCAACACAUGCGCGCACGAAUGAGCGCGGCUUCACGGUAUUGGAGGAGAUGCAGUCCAAAUCAGGCAAGCCCCACUACGGCCCCAUGCUGCUAUCAACGCACCACUCCCUCCUUCGCUUCUACGAAGAGGACAUCCGAGAGCUGUUUGCAUAUGUACACGCGCACGACAUUCUCAAGUACUGGGAACUUCCAGAGCGCAGCGCUGUUGAUGGUGGUGGUGGGAACGAAAGGAAGGAGGAAGACGGCGAGGGAUACAAUGACGAUGACGAAGGCAACUAUGAUGACGACUACGGUGAAGAGGAUGAUGAUGAUGAUGCGUAA